AUGUCCGGCCAGGUGCCCGGCGAAGAGACUACGCUCCUGCCAGUCACUCUGAAUGCACCCAUUCAGCUGACUGCAAGCGACAAGACCGCAGAAGUAGAAUUCAAGGAGGAAGAAGACGAAAAAUCGAAGGAUGAUGAAGACGUUCCGGGUGCUGACGACGUCACCUUGCCGUGGCCCGGCGACCGGGAGAAAAAGAGCCAGAACACAGACGCCGUGUCGGCGGGAACGCCGACGCCUGACGACGAUGACGGCGGGCUGAGCAAAGCCAAGUGGCGCGAGAGCAUGCCCGAGGGCGACAAGUGGAGAGACGACACGCCGGCAUCGCCGAGGGACAGCAAGGGAGACGGCUCGUUGGCCGACGACGAAGAAGAAGAAAUCGAAGACGAGUCCAGUUGGGUGCCGGAAAAAGGCGCUCCGGUUUUCACGCCGCAGGUGAAAAUCGUGCGGCGACAGUCCAGCGAGGUCGUCCCUCUAGAGAGUAGACUGGACGUUGAUGAAGAUGACCAGCAACAGUACUACAAAGAGACGCUUCAUUAUGACUACGAUUGUAACGAACCCAAGGAGAAAAUCUGUGAUGACGUGUGCAGUGAGAAGCUCAAACUGGCGUUGUGGACGGCGUCGGCCGCACUAAUUUUCCCCUUUCUGGUGUGGGGAGGGUACGCGCUCCUACCCUUUGACUCCCCGCUGAUGGGCAGCGCCCCCCACAGGGUAGUUUACACAUUGCGCUGCGCCGUCUUUGCCUCGGUGCCAGUAAUGCUAGGUGUGGUGGUGCAGGGUGUGGCCAGAAUUCGCUACGGUGAAGUGAAACCGCGUUUCCAGAACCCAUCGCCGAACCAGAAGGUGUCGGUGCACGCGCAUUACGUCAGCCAAUCGGUGGGGCUCUUCCUCUUCUACUUCCUGCAGCUGGCUGUCUUGGCGUCUUACGUCAGCCACGACCUCAUCAAAAUGGUGCCGCUGCUCAGCGUCAUUUUUGUCUUCGGAAGGUUGAUCUACUGGCUGUGCUUGUCGCUAGGCAGCAGCGUCCGCGGCCUCGGCUUCGGCCUGUCCUUCUUCCCGAUGUUGGUCAUGCUGGCCGCCAACAUCUACUACGUCUCCUCCUCGACGGGAACGGAGUCCGUCUUCGACGUGGAGCCACCCACCACGGCCCCUCCGCCCCAGCAGCGCUGGUGGGGCUGA